AAAUCCACCUAUUUAUGCAAGUAUCUCUUCCAUCUCUUGUCCAUUCCUCUUCCUUUCAUUAACAACAUCUUCCAUUGCUGGACCACAAAUACAAGAACAUGGCAAAGUCUUGUCUAGUCCUGCUCAUCAUUUCCCUUAUGGCAUCCAUGCAAUGGGUGCAAAGCUUCCGUUUGGAGAACAUGCCAAAAAGACUCAAACCAAAAAAAGAGACAGUAACCAAUCUCCAAUUCUACUUCCAUGACACUGUCAGCGGCAAAAACCCUAGCGCCAUUAAAGUAGCUCAGUCUGCUUAUACUGAAAAAUCCCCAACCCUUUUUGGUACUAUAAUGAUGGCGGAUGAUCCAUUGACAGAAGGGCCCGACCCGAAAUCCAAGUUGGUGGGUCGAGCACAAGGACUCUACGGUUCAGCUGGUCAGGAUGAACUGUGCCUUAUAAUGGCUAUGAAUUUCGCAUUCACAAAUGGUAUGUCUAAUGGUAGCUCUCUUAGUGUUCUUGGGAAGAACUCGGCUCUGAGUCCCGUGCGUGAGUUGCCGAUCGUCGGUGGGACUGGAGUUUUCCGGUUGGCUCGUGGUUAUGCGGUUGCUAAGACACAUUGGUUUGAUAUUACUACUGGUGAUGCUAUUGUUGGCUAUAAUAUUACUGUAAUGCACUAGAUCUUUUUUUCCAUAUAUUUAUAUAUUGUUUCUAAUAAUAAUAUAAUUAUUAUUUACCUUUUGACUAGA